AUGGUUCGAUACAUCAGGGGGAUUCAGCAGUCCUGGACCGUCAAACAAGAACAUUCAGUUCCCAAAGAAACAAAGAGAGGCACUCCUCUCUCUGCCCCCCUUUUCUCUCCUCCCCCGACUUCUAGAAGGUAUAAAAAAAGGAGCAGGGAGCAAGUCAUUGCCCUCUCCUCUUUUUCCUCUGCAUCAGUCUGGCUGAAGUUGGAUGCUAAAAGCCUGUAAGUACUCUUAACAAUUGUAGUUUUUACUGAUCGGUGGGUUUUCUGCAAGAGAAGUGUAAUGCAUGACAGAAUUGUUGCAGUUUAGUUUUAUUCAUAUGCUGUGAAAGUGAAAUAUAAAAGAGUUGCAUUUGUGAAAAAGUUGAUUUUAAGGAAAUUGAAGUACUACGAAGUAAAAAAAAAUAGACAGUGUACAAAUAAAAUGGCAAACAGAUCAAGAUAAACUUGUUUUUUAUGCAUUUGCUGUCUUUUACAUGAAUAAAACUCUUAUUUUGUUUUUGUUGCAGAAUCAUGAGCAGAAACUUCUUGUCCAGAAAUGAUGAGCUCCGCAGAGGAGACUACCUGAUGUCCAACAACAAGGAGUGGAAGGCUGUUUUCCAGGUAAAAUUGAAACUGAAUAAUGAAGUAAAGUGUAAAGUAAGCCAACAAGUACUGCAAACUGAGCAUGAUUAUAACAGCUGAUUGUUUCUUUUUCCACCUAUAGGAGGAUGGCAACUUUGUCGUCUACGGCUGGUCCCCUGUGUGGUCCUCAGACACUGCAGGGUGCGACGCCGUCCGCCUGUGCAUGCAGGAGGACUGCAACCUUGUCAUGUACAACAAGUGCGACGAGCCAAAGUGGCACACCAACUCCUCCAAGUCCAAAUGCAACAUGUGUCGUCUCCACCUGACCAACGAGGGGAAACUGCUGGUGAACAAAGAAUGUGAGGAAAUCUGGAGCUCCGCCAAGUCCAAAGGCAUGAAGUGAUUCAUUUGAAAUUUACUGUAUGUUUGGAGAGCAGCUUGACCUUCCAAACUAACUACUACUGUCUUCUCUGUGGUAUCAAAUAAAAACACUUUUUGAUAAUACGGAAA